AUGUAUCAUCGACCUAAGCAGAAAUUAAAUCGACCAUCGAAUUAUGCGCCUGUUAAGCCGACCUACCAUAGCCAAAAUGGAAACGCCGUAAUUUCAGAAUCUAUUAUUCCUAUCAGAAGUAAACUUAACGGGCAAAAAUUACCAGAUCAUACUAAUUUAGGCAUUAGUACAACCCGAUUUGGCUAUAGUCAGAGUCAUGCUUGCGUUAUAUUACCCCCAUCACAAGAACAGCCUGGUAUAGAAAAGAGGCAACAUCUAUCAAAGAUCUCAACUCAAGGCGAUGGAUUGUUAACUAUACGUAAUUUAACCAAGCAGCUGCAGCUAAGAUCAGAUAAAGCAGUAGCUGCUUCGUUCUGCCAACCAGUUACUGAAAAUGUUGCUGAUGAAAAUCAACCAAUUAUUACAGCUCAAGAUAUUACAGUAGAUAGAUUAAAUCUCGAUAGGCGUGGGUUAAAAUCCAUACCGGCCUUAAUAGAAGAUCAUAUUAAUUUAAAAUUACUUAAUUUACAGCAUAAUUCCAUACAAAAGAUCGAUAAUUUAUCCAUGUUGAAAAGGUUAAUAUUUAUUGAUUUAUACGAUAAUGAUUUGGACGAAAUUGCCAACUUGGAAUCGGUCAGAUUUUUAAGAGUCUUAAUGUUGGGCAAGAAUAGGAUAAAGCAAAUUCGAAAUCUAGAUCAACUGUCCAAAUUAGAUGUCCUAGAUCUGCAUUGCAAUCAGAUUAGCCGGAUUGAAAAUCUGAAUCAUUUAACGGAAUUGAGAGUAUUGAAUUUGGCUGGCAACCAAAUUAGUUAUGUCAGUAAUAUUGGAGGACUUUGCUCCUUGCAAGAGCUGAAUUUAAGAAAAAAUCAAAUUACAAAAGUGGAUGAAGUUAAUCUGCUUCCAAAGCUACAACGUCUGUUUUUAGAUCAUAAUAAAAUUGCAAGCUUUUCCCAUGCAAGUUCUGUCUUAAAAUGCGGUGCCUUGAUAGAAUUGACGUUAGAGGAUAAUCCCAUGAUCCAGUCUUCAAAAUAUCGAUCGGGUUUCUUAAUUUACUUACAAAAUUUGAAAAUCCUUGAUGGGAAAAAAAUUUCAAUGGAAGAGAGAAGAACCUCCGCAAUUAUGGCUCGUAAAGCAGAAGAAAAACAACAAGAACGCCAUAAAGCAGCCAUUAUGAAAGAGAAAAAACGUCUAGCUAUUAUCAAUGCUCAAAAAGAAUGGGAAAUGAAAAUGCGAUUAGAAUUUGGAAAUAGCAAUCAUUCAGUUCAUGAUGGCUAUGAUGGCGAAUCAGAAGGUUACAACUCGGAUAUUUGCAAUACGAGCCAAUGUCGAAAAUCACUGGAUACGAGUGGCCGUAUGGCCGACAGCUAUUUAAUCGACAUCGAAGAAAAUAGUCUGCACUUAUUUGGGACUGGUGCCUUGGAAGGCGUGGAACGAUUACAAUUGCCAUCUACUGUUCACACAAUCUCCUUUAAAUAUAUUUCUUUUGACGAUAUUAUUCCUUACUUGGUUAAAUUAAAAAAUCGCUUUCGGGACUUAAGAGAAUUACGAUUUUCAAAUAAUAAUUUACGCCAUCUUUCUCAGUUGAAUACACUUUCUACCUUGGAUAGCCUCGAUCACCUUAUUAUUGAACCUGAAGGCAAUAGUUUAGUACAUUUACAAUUAUGGAAAUACUAUGCCUUAUUUCGACUAUCGAAUUUGCAGUUGCAAUCAAUUAAUCAUAAGGAGAUUACAAGCGAAGAUAUCAAUACUUGUGAAAUGUUAUUUAAUAAUUUAAUGCAAGCCACAACAUCUUGUUAUAUUUAUUCCCACCCAAAAUCGGUAGAGGACUUAUCAAAAUCCGCAACAAUAUCAUUAUUAAAAUAUCAAGAACCAAGCACUUAUCGAGUACAAACAGAGGAAUAUCAACAUAUUCGUUCAGCGUUAAAAUCGAUAGUUCACAAGUAUACCGAAGGCGCAAGUAAAAUUAAUCGAAAGUUAAGCAUAGUCCAACGCUUUUGGCCUUACAUUAUCAAGGAUAUGAUUCAAGAAGCUGUUCAUAAUACGCAAAAUAUUGAUGACUAUAUGCAAUCUUGCCUAGAAACGCUGGAAAGACCUACGUAG